UCACAUGACUGGCAGGUUGGUAUCACAUGAGAUAGCACUGCGCCUGCGCCCAAUCACUGCACGGUUUGCGUUCAACGAGGAAAGACGCGCGAUUUUGUUUUCCGUUACAAUUCACACUGCGAUUUACAUAAUUACUGUAUCAAGUACUUUUUGACAGAACGUAGUUCGUCACUUUACUAGAAAAGUACAUAAGCAAUGGCCGCCCACAGACAAGGGCGUUCUGAUGUUGACCACAUCAGCCGGGCAGAAGAAGCUGCCAGUCGGCCAGAAAACACGCUCGCUUAUGUUGAAGGCGAAGCCGAAGGGGAGUGUGCGGGACAAGUUGAAAGUCCAAACCACUCGAAAGACGAAAAUCAGUCGUCUGUGUUGGAUGCAAUCCGACACCUGAGUGCCGAAAUGGCAGCCAUGAAACAGGACAUGUCUCGGCUUCAAACGUCAACGAAGAAGCGUAAACGUCGCGAUAGCUCUGCUGACGAAAGCGUGCUCGACACGUCCGAUAAAGAACAAACUGGCAAGGCUGUCAAUGCUGAGCUCGCCGCCAUCGUGGAAUCUUUAUUGGGGGAAAAACUCCCUGACGCCAAAUUACAGGCGAAAGUGGAUCUUUAUCCACGGCCCGACAAUAUAAAUGGGCUUAAAACUCCACGGGUUAAUCAAUUAAUUUGGCAACAGCUCGCCACGUCGGUUAGAACUUAUGACUCAAAACAACAGAAAACACAGACAGUUCUGUUGGCUUGUGUGGCGGCCAUGUUACGUGCCGCUGAUCUAGCCCUAGAAAAGAAUCUAGACAAGACAAUUAUUACUACCAUUACAGACGCGGCAGCACUAGCCAUACAGUGCCAUCAUGACCUGAAUGCACUCAGGCGCUUUCACAUGAAGAAAGAACUUCAUGAUGACUAUGCUGCGCUAUGUAACGCCAGCACACCUGCCUCUGACGAGCUGUUUGGCGACCUGACCAAACUGACCAAGGACAUCCAGGAGGCGAACAAAGUCGCAAAGAAAGUCAAGCGGGAUCGUCCAAGCUCGUCCUACCCUAGUACCAACCAGAAAUAUGCCACUAAAAGGCGAUACAACCCAUACAAUAAAACACGAAGUGAUCGGGAUUUUCGGUGGGGCCGAGGGAAGCAAAAAGACAGGCGAAAACAACACACCAACAGUCAGAAAAAAAUUAGUAAACACGGAUUCUUCGCACUUAAAUACGCAUUACUUGCAACACUGGAAACAACUGACAAAAGACCGUCAGAUCAUUGA